UGAAUCGCUUGAAGCUGGUACUAGUCGGAAACGAGCAAGGAACAAAACAGCAGCACUUAAGCCCCCCGUUUCACAAACUCGAAGCAUCUUUUGGGAUCAUUGUAAAAAGGGGUCAAGGACCUUGUUGGAUGGCACCAUUCAACCAAUUGGAACUUGCAAUUAUUGUGAGACGCAGAUCCCAGCAGGUCAUGGCAGCACUAGUGGGUUGAAAAACCACUUAGUGAACAGGUGCAGAUCGAGUCCCUUGUACAAAGCAGCUGAAAGUGACAAAAAUCAGCCUGUGUUGACAAAUGAGAAAAUGGGGCAGGUCACUGAAUUGGUUUCUCAUACUUUCAAUCAAAAAAGGUGUGAGUUGAAGCUUACAGAAUAUGUUAUUAUCGAUGAGAUGUCAUUCCGAGCUGUUGAAGGGAAGGGCUUCGUAAGUCUUGUGCAUGAAUUGCAACCAAGAUUCAGAAUCCCAGAUCGUAAGAAGGUGGCAGGUAUGGUUUAUGACUUGUUUUUAGUUGAGAAAGCUAAAAUAAAAAGUGUCAUAACUGGGCAAAGGGUAAGUAUCACAACCGAUACAUGGACUUCCAUCCAGAACAUAAAUUACAUGGUUGUUACUGCUCACUUUUUGGACAGUGAUUGGAAACUGCAUAAAAGAAUAAUUAACUUCACAAAAAUCAC